UCUCUUACCUUUUAUCUCAGGUAAUUGGGGAUAAAAAUCUGGGAUAUCUUUUUUUCAAUUCAUUGUUCAUUUAUCAAUAGUCAUUCUCAAGUCAUUCAGUGAGAUAAAUUUUCUGAAACUUGGCAUGACUGAGAAUGGUUCUACUUUUCCCCCCACUUUAAUGCUGAUUUGACUGGGUUAAGGGUUCCAGGUUUAGCUUUGAAGGUACUGCUCCCUUGAAAAAUCCAAUGGUAAUUUAUUUUCCACUGCUUUCUAGAUAACCUAUUUCUAUGUUAAAAAAAAAUAAAAAUCUGUUGAUUCUCUUUCUCCUAGGCUGUCUAAAAUGGGAUCUUUGAAAAGUAGGUAUUGUAAGGACUGAGUUGUCCCUUAAAAUCUGAAGAUGUGUUUCUGUUCAAAUCUGGGACAUCUCCUUUUAACUCCACAAUGCUCACUACCAUUCUUCCCCCCCCCUCAUUUUUAAAUUGGUGCAUUAUAAUUAUACAUCAUAGCAUCCCCAUUCUGUUCUUGUUUGUGUAACUUACGUCAUUCAAAUGUUGCAAUGGCUGGGCGCAUCUUCAAAAUCUUAUAAUUUUUCCCUGUUUCUUAAUUUGCUAAUUAGUCCUGUAACUCUGCUAUAAACCAGUUAUAAAUCUUGUUUAUUUCCUGUCUUUCAGGGAUCCUCAAUAUUCCUGGUUCGUUGGGCUUUAAAAACUGUGUAUGUCAUGGGGUUAGGCAGAACGUGUGUGUUCAGGUCUCUUGGGUUUAACUUGUUUCUUUGUACAUUUUAAGGAAAAGUCUUGAUGCUUCUCUAUAAACUGUGUUCUGGUCUUCAUGGAUCUUGUAACUCUUGGCUUAUUCCGCAGAUAACAACAAACCGUCCAAAUAUAUUCUUUUCUUCAGUCUCUCCAUUCUAAUCUCCAGUGGCACCUGGAGUGUUCACUCACUUCUCUCUCCAAGGAUCUAAAGUCGCUUCUUGGAGCUCCGCAGUAAUUCUCAGCCAAGAACAAGGACUGUCAGUGACACCCCACCCCCACCCCAAUUAAACCUGGGCCUACUGCAGGGAAUCUCUGCAGCUCAGCCCUGGGCAUCCCUCUUUCCACUAAUAACUCCACAGGUGCGCCUGAGGCGGACCCCGGUUAAGAACCACGCGGCCUCUCCCCGCCUGGCCUCGGGGCUGCUCCGCCCCGCACGGGACGUGCUUAGAGAGGUCCACGCGCCGCGAACCCGCUUCGUGUCUUCGAACCGCGUCGGAGGAGGGUACAAUGUCGGAACAAGAACGGAUACAAGAAUGCCUCAGGAAAGAAAUAAGGUCACUUCUUAUUUCCACCAAAGAUGGUUUGACUCCACAGCAGUUGGAAAAAGAGUACCUUUUGAUGGUUGGCAACCACUUACCGCUCCGAAUCCUUGGGUAUCGGUCCACUAUGGAGCUGGUGCUGGACAUGCCUGAUGUGGUUAGUGUCUGUCCCUGCGGGGAUGGUACAGUAAUACUGAAAGCCAUUCCAGAUGAAUCUACCAAAGGAAUUGCAAGUUUAGUUGCAAAGCAGAGGAGCAGCCAUAAGGUUCGAAGCUCCAUGCCAAAGGGAAGGGCUACUGUUUGCUCUGGGACAAGCUCUGGUCGAGUGCCUUACCGAGGAAGGGUGACCCCUAUUCUUCCAGCUGUUGUGAAGAGUGAGCUGAAAGACCUCUUGGCGUUAUCUCCUGUUCUCCUUUCUGAUUUUGAAAAGGCAUUUGCCAAGCGAUUUGGUCGAUCGUUUCAGUAUGUGCAAUAUGGAUUCCUCUCAAUGUUCGAAGUGCUGAAUGCAGCUUCAGAUGUCAUUUCUGUAGAGCAGACUAGAGCAGGUUCUUUGUUGAAGCUAAAGAAAAGCAUAUCUGUGGAAAAGCAGAGAGGAUGGCCGGCAGGAAAAAUUUUUACCCAGCCAUUUAGAAUGAAACAACAUGGGUCAUAUUCUACAGGCUGCGUGGUGGCAAAGCCACGCUUUUCACAACACACUUCAAACAUGGAACCUCCAAAGCAAAUACUGAACAUGGACAAGACUUCCACGUUCAAUGCAGUGGAGACUUCAAGGCUGAAUCACACUGAAAAAUUAAACCAGUUGGAGAACACAUUCAAAUCGGUCAUUGCACAAAUUGGACCUGGAGGGACCAUCAAUCCAGAACUAAAACAUAAGAUAAAAUUUGUUGUAUCUAAGUUUCCAGAGGGUUUGUUAAUUUCUAAACUUCUUGGGGAGUUUGAGGCAGUUUUUAAAGAGCAACUUUCACCAAAAAAAUUGGGCUUUUUAAAUGUGACAGAACUUGUUGGAGCUCUUAGUGAUAUUCUUCGUGUUGAGUUCAGGGAAGGAGAACAAGACUUGCUAGUGUUUGAUGCUGAUAUGAGGCCGGUACUAACAGAUGGAGCUGUUUCAACAGUCAGAAAUUUAUGUUUAGUUCAACCAGAUAAGAAAAUGGAAGCCAAGGCUUGUGUCUCCAGUCCCCCUAGAAAUUCACUGUCUACUGCUGCUGUCAAGGAGACUGCAUGGGAUUGCCCUUUGAAGAUCCAUAAAGAACCAGAACAGAAGAUAUAUAAGAAGCCUAAUCUGGUUGUAAAGCCUUUACAGCUGCAAGUAGGAAUAAGUAGAUCACAGCUCAGCUUGGCAAUGGCAAAUCAUGAUAUCCCACCAGAUGCUGUACAGGAGAAGAAAUUAUGCAGACUUCCACCAUUAGAUACCAGUACCCUUGUGGGGGUCUUUGUGGAGUAUAUUAUCUCUCCAAGUCAAUUCUACAUCCGAAUCUAUAGCAGGGAUUCAUCAGAGUUACUUGAAGACAUGAUGAUUGAAAUGCGGCGUUGUUAUUCUAACCAGCUGGUUUCUGAUCGAUAUAUCAUGCCAGAAUGUUUUGUCCAGCCGGGACACCUGUGUUGUGUAAGGAUUUCUGAGGAUAAGUGGUGGUAUCGGGUUAUUAUCCAUCGAGUGCUUGGGAAAAAGGAAGUUGAAGUAUUCUACCCAGACUUUGGAAAUAUUGGAACUGUUCAGAAGUCCUCUCUGAGGUUCCUCAAGUGCUGCUACACAAAGCUUCCCGCUCAGGCUAUCCCUUGCUCUUUGGCUUGGGUGAGACCCGUAGAGGAACACUGGACAUCCAGAGCUAUUUUGCAGUUCCAGAAAUUAUGUGGUCUGAAGCCGUUAGUAGGAGUAGUGGAUGAAUAUAUCGAUGGAAUCCUUAACAUUUUUCUGUGUGAUACAUCCUCACAUGAAGAUGUCUAUUUCCAUCAUGUCUUAAGAGCAGAGGGCCAUGCUAUUGUAUGCCGAGAAAAUGUCCCUUCCAAGGGCUUCAGAGACCUAAAUCCUUUAGCUUUAUACACUCAACCCAGUGGAGGGCCAGAUAAAGUUGUCUUGACAGAACUGGGUUAUUCUUCUCAGCAACAUUAUUUUAAUGAAGACCGAGAGAUAAGUCCUCGAUCCAAAGAGAGCGAUUUCCAUGCCCUGGAGCCAUUAAAGGAUUCUGAAUUCAGUUCUCUGAAAACUCACAAGAGCUGUGAAGAAGAUCUAAAGUGGUCUAUUCCAGAGCCAAAGGAUCUGAAGGAAGAAAAUGAGGAUGAGAUCCCCACUGGAAUGCCAUGCCUGGAGUCAGUGACCAUAGGUGAUGAUAUCUGGGAUGAGAACUGGCUACCACUGCAGGCUAAAAUAGGAAAAGGAGGUGAUGCUGCCUCCCAUUUAUUUACCUCAAGCCUUGGUGGAAAGAAACAAUGUCCUACAUGUGAAGAAAUGCCACAGAAGGAUUGGUGUUUUCCUACACCCAAAGAUAUAUGGGAUGAUUCCUGGCAGCCUUCAGGCCUUGUGAAUGGUAUGAAAGUAGAAAUUAAAAAACGAGAAGAGCUGGAUACUCAAGAAAAAAAUACUGGUACAACCAGAAUUCUAAAGCAACCAAACUUGAAAGGUUCUUUGGAUUCUUCCACACUGCCCAAACUGGAAGAGUUCUACAUCUCCCUUUUCCAGUCACAGCAGUCAGCAGAAGGGAGUCAGUUUGAGCCUAACAACAUCCAGACUCCAACAAAGCAAAUUCAGCUGCCCACAGCAGCAGCCAGCUCAGCUACUGUCGCAGCCGACGACCCAGGAGAGCACUCUGGUUCUGUGGAGAGCUCUCCAGGGAGCCUAAAGAACGAAGAUCUUUCUAGUCGCCACGCCAUCGCAGUGUUCAAGGAAAAGAGUCAAGGAGCCAUGGACCAGCUGUCUUUGAUUUUGUCUCCUGAGCACAAGAUUUCUCACAAGCUCUACAUUCCUCGAAGUACAGCCACAGCUGCCCUGGGAGCUGCUGCGCGCCUGGCCACGUCCAGGAGCCUCCUGCACUGGUACCCCAGUGUGAAAAGGGUGGAAACCUGAGGGGGGAGGGGCGGCGCACAGUGGCGCUUUGCUCAUCCUAAGGGACUCGAUAGCUUUGUUAUGCUAACUGUCCAUUUUGGUGUGUAAGUAUUGAUAUUUAACAUUAUUUUUAUUUGUACUAAUGAUUUUAUUCUGGUUUUUUUUACCUUUGUUUUUAAUGUAGUUUAAAGGAGUUUUUGUUUUUUGUGUUUCUAUAAAUGUUUUUCUUUUACAUAUCAUGACUGAUAAAUGAAAAUUAAGAGUCUGUUUUGUGAUCCAUAUUUAGUAAGAUAAAUAUAUUCCCACUUCCUUGUCUCCAGAAGGAGAAUGUCUGAA